AUGAAGUCUGAAUACUAUUCAAUUUUUCCCUCUAUUCUCCUUUACCUUGCCUUGUUUUUCUGGUCAUCAUUGGCAGAUAGUCAUAAUGACUUUGUUCAAUGCUUCUCUCAACAAUCUCCAAACUCCACAUUAAUCGUUUUCACCCAGAACGAUACGUCGUAUCUUUCCGUCCUUAAUUUGUCCAUACAAAAUCCACGGUUCUCUUCUACAUCCACACCAAAACCCCUCGUUAUCAUAACUCCAUUGGAUGCCUCUCAUGUCCAGACCACUAUAUGCUGCUCCAAAAAACAUGGUUUGCAGAUCAGAGUCCGAAGUGGUGGCCACGAUUACGAGGGACUUUCCUACGUGUCUGAUGUCCCAUUCGUUGUGCUCGAUCUCAUCAACCUUCGAUCGGUCAACGUUGACUUUGACGACAAAACUGCAUCGGUUCAAGCUGGAGCAACCAUUGGUGAAGUUUAUUACAAAAUCGCCGAGAACAGUCGAUGUUUAGGGUUUCCUUCCGCUACUGCCAACACCGUAGGUGUUGGAGGACUGUUUAGUGGAGGUGGCUAUGGCGCCAUGCUUAGAAAACACGGCCUCUCAGUUGAUCAUAUCAUUGACGCGCAAUUUGUCAACUUUGAAGGGAGAAUUCUAGAUAGAAAAACUAUGGGAGAAGACCUCUUUUGGGCCAUUCGAGGAGGCGGAGGAGCAAGCUUUGGAGUGAUUAUUUCAUGGAAAAUUAGGCUUGUUUUGGUUCCAAAAACUGUCACUGUAUUCACAGUCAAUAGGAAUUUGGAACAAAAAGUUACAGAGCUUGUUCAUAAAUGGCAGUUUGUGGCAGAAAGAUUCGAGGACGAUUUAUUUAUUUUGGUAAGGUUACAAGCAUUGAUGAGUUCUAAUGGAGUAGGGAAUAGUAACAAUAAAACUAUUCAAGCUUCAUUCAUAUCCUUGUUCCUUGGUGGAGUUGAUCGGCUUCUUCCACUCAUGAAGAGGAGCUUCCCUGAAUUAGGUCUUGUAAGAGAAGAUUGCAAGGAAAUGAGCUGGAUUGAAUCCGUCGUCUACUUCGCCGGAUUCCCAAGUGGAUCUUCUCCGGUGGUUUUGCUUGAUAGAACAACUCCAAUAAAAGUUCCUAUUAAAGGAAAAUCCGACUACGUCAAGGUGCCAAUAUCGGUUGAUGGGUUGGAAGGAAUAUGGAAAAGGUUGUUUGAAGAAAAGGUUGGAAGGACUUUCAUACAAAUGACUCCUUAUGGUGGGAGGAUGAAAGAGAUUCCAGAUUGGGAAACACCAUUCCCUCACAGAGCUGGAAACAUAUACAUGAUUUUAUAUCUUGUAGCUGUUAUUGAAGAAGAAGGGAUUAAUGUUAUAAAUUGGAUUAGAAGGCUUUAUGAUUACAUGACUCCCUAUGUGUCCAAGAAUCCAAGAGAAGCGUAUCUCAAUUAUAGGGACCUUGAUAUAGGGACAAACAACAAUAAUGGCACUACAAGUUAUGCACAAGCAAGUAUUUGGGGUUUGAAGUAUUUCAAAAAUAACUUCAAUAGGUUGCUUCGUGUCAAGAAUAUGAUUGAUCCAACCAAUUUCUUUAGGAAUGAACAAAGCAUUCCUCCUUAUGCUAUAGUGGGAAGUAAAUAAAUAAUGAUA